GGCGUUAAGUAUCAGUGGCCCUGAUAUACCCAACAAUAACAGGUAGACUACUGCGCCACCUUCGUCGGGUGUGGAUGUCUCUCUCUAGCCUGAGCAUCAGUGGCAAAUUUUGCUCAUUCUCUCUGGGUAAGAGAUGCUGUUACGGCAAUAUGCUGAAGCAUGCUCGGUAUAUUUGGUCCAAGCUAUUUGGUCGUUACCUGUGGGUGACUAAUACUGUCAGCUCUGGAGGGCUGUUAGCCAUAGGGGAUGGCAUACAGCAACAGAUAGAACAUGUGCAAGGCAUCAGCAUCACUCCUGGAUAUGACUGGGGGCGAACAGGAAGACUCUUUCUUGUGGGCCUUAGUCUAGGCCCUCCACAUCAUAUAUUUUACCUCUGGUUAGACAAGGUUUUACCAAAAAGGAAUCCCAAAGUAAUUUUUAAAAAGAUCAUGGCAGAUCAAUUCCUAGCAGCACCAUUCUUUGCUGUGAACUUUUUCAUAGGAGCUGGUCUUUUAGAAGGAAAGUCACUUAGUGGAUCAUGGCAAGAAUUCAAGGCUAAAUUCCCAACAGUAUAUGCUUUUGACUGGUUAAUAUGGCCACCUACCCAGACACUCAAUUUUUACUUUGUUCCUGCAAUGUACAGAGUGUUGUAUAUUAAUGUGAUAACAGUUGUAUGGGAUGUUUUCUUGUCCUAUAUGAAACACAAGGAUCAAGUGGCACAGAAGAAUACAAUCAAACAUGAUAGAGAAUGAAAGAAAAUGCUUUUUGAAUGCCAGCAUAUAAUACUAUAGUCAAUCAAUCAAGUGUUGGGUUUAAAACUAACAUUAAACUUAAUUAAAAAUUCUGUUUAAACAUUCAGUUAAUGAAACAGUUAAGAAUGAAGAUACCAUGGCUUCAGUGUGUUGACAGUAAACACCAUUAAUCUCCUGAUAUAGGCUGCAAGAUUGUUUCAGCAGAACCAAGGAUGAGUUGUAAUAUGUUACUUUGUAUCCUUAUCAUUGCUAAGUAUUUGUUAUGAUGAAACAUUCCAUUGUUAUUACUGUUCUGUAAAAAUUAUAUCUGCUGAAUAUAGAGAUGCAUAGGAAAGCACGUACCAUUAUUAUUUGGUGUGCGGAAAAGUUCAUUUCUCACACUUAGUUGCAAAUAAUUGCCCAAAAGAAUAAUGUCUAUUAUACUUUCCAACCUUGGUGUGCAAUCAGUAAAUUGGAAAAUAAUGACUUGUAACAAUACCCAAUCCAAAUUGGGUGAUCAGCAGCAGCAGCAGCACUUGAAAUAAAUGACACAGUAGUAAGUAGCCUAUUUGAGGGUAUAUGGUAAUUGUGUGUGCCUCAUCUUUCCUUGAACUUAAUUGGCAACUUAUAAAGCAAACAUUUUGUACUGCACUCAACAAAAUUAUUUUUAUAAGCAUCAACACUGUUAUUCCAUAUCCAAUUUUCAUUAUAUAGAAGGGUCUUACCUGAUGUAAAUGGAAAAAUAUUGUAGAAAAUUAAGGCUAAAUAUGCUAACUCUCACACCUAACCUUUAAUAAAAUUGUAUCAUUAAUUUACAGGGAAGCUCCAAACCCAUAUGGUUACUACAGUGGCUGAGGAAUGGGAGACUUUUAGGAUUCAUAUAGGGAAGGGGAGGGUAGUCCUAUUCCUUUGAAUUAAUUCACCUUCUUUGAAGGGACAGAAAUUGUGAGUUAGUCUGUUAAGAUUUUAUUUAACAAAAUUUAUAUAGGUUUUGAUUUAUAUUGAUUUUUUUUCAAUAUAUAGGAUGCAGUACUUUAUUAUUUUAGAGAAAAUUUUGCAUGUUUUUCAAAUGCAGCAAGAAAAAGAUUAGGUACCAAAAAUCAUUAAUUGAUUUUUAAUGACAAACAAAUCUAACCCCAGCAGAAUAUAUACUUGUAUAUA